GUACGCAUCAUGUGAUAUGUCUGAUUAAGUACUUACCUGUUUGUAUUAUCAUCAUGUUUGUUCAUUAUAGAGAAUACUGUAAUACAAGGUAGGUAUGCGAUUGAGAUUUUUCUUCAACACAAACAAUAAUUAUGGAGAAACGGACAGUCUUAUGGUACAUGGCUUUCUGGGGGUUUGCUAUUAAUUACAUGUUUCGAAUGAAUAUUAAUAUAGCAAUCGUGUCAAUGAUUAAACAUUCAAUACCGAAAACCAAUGUAACUAUUAUACAACAUGAGUGUCCCAGGAACACUGAACAGUUGACGUCAAACAAUACUUUAGCACCAAAUAUAUUUACGGUGGACCUAAAUGACAAUAAAUUCGAAUGGAAUGAACAUCAGCAAAAUUUAAUACUUGGUGCAUUUUUCACAAUUAACUGGAUGAUGCAGUUACCAGGUGGAGUCUUGGCACAACGAUAUGGUACGAAAACUGUAUUUGGUAUCAGCAACGGUGUGGCGGCGAUGUUGUCAUUUGCAGUACCUGCAACGGCAAAAUUCAACUAUAAAGCACUCGUGCUUCUUAGAGUAGUUCAAGGACUCAUAUCCGGUCCAUCUUGGCCUUCAAUGCACACAAUGACCGCUAAUUGGAUACCCGCACACGAGAGAAGUCGAUUUGUUUCAGCGUAUUUAGGAAGUUCGAUCGGCACAGCAGUAACAUAUAUCAUGUGUGGAUAUCUCAUCGCCACGUUUGGUUGGGAGAGUGUAUUUUAUGUUAGCGGAGGACUUGGCCUAUUAUGGUCUAUUUUUUGGAUUUUACUGGUCUAUGAUACUCCUGCCAAACAUCCUACUAUCAGUAUUAGAGAAAGAACAUACAUAGAAAAUUGCAAUAUAAAAACCAUCCAAUUUAGAGCAAAACCGUCGCCAAUACCUUGGAAAUCAUUACUUUUAUCUAAAGCAGUGUUGAUUAAUUUAGUGACUCAAACUGGAGGUCUCUGGGGCUUAUUCACACUUGCAGCUCAAGCUCCAUCAUAUUUUAACUUUAUUUUAGGCUUAAAUAUAAAACAGACAGGUUUAUGGUCUGGAAUGCCUCAUUUUCUUCGAUGGGCGUUUUCUUUUGGACUCAGUAUGAUAUGCGAUCGUUUGGUGAAAACUAAAAGAAUGUCUAUGACCAAUGUACGCAAAAUGGCCACAUUAUUUUGUAAUGUUUUACAAGGGUUAUUUAUUUUGGGUUUUUGUUAUUCUGGAUGUGAUUCAGUGGCCGCAGUAAUCAUGCUUUUCAGCGCAACUGCUGUAAACGGCGCAAUAUCUUCUGGAGCACUCGCUGCAGUGGUGGAUAUUGCUCCAAAUUAUGCGGGAGUGAUUCAAGGAAUAAUUGGAACUAUUUCCACGUCCACAGGAUUUAUAUCACCCAUAGUUGUGGGAUAUUUAACCUAUAAUCAGCAAACAUUGAGUCAAUGGUGUAAAGUAUUUCAUUUAUCUGGAGCAAUAUGCAUAUGUACUGGGUUCAUUUACAUAUUUUUUGGAACAUCUGAUAUACAAAAAUGGAAUACAUACAACGAUCCAGUUGUAAAUGAAAAAGAAUUGAAAUCAAUUGUUAAGAAACCUCCUAAUAGUUCUUACGCUAUGGACACUUAAGGUUUUUGUGUUUAUGUAAUAGUCGAAAGGAAUUAGUUGAUUUAUUUUUACAUUGUUGUUAUACAUUAGUGUUAUUCUUAGUAAUCUAUGUACAAUACUACAAUUGUAUCUAUAUGAGAUUUUUAUUUGAAGAUAGACGUUAAAUAUAAAAGUAUAUAUUAUUAUUUAAUUUCGUAUGUAUCAUGCAUUGUGUUCUUAAUUAUUAUUUAUAUGAAUAUAAUAACUGUUAAAUGUAAAUGUAGGUACCUGUCACCAGUGUAUCUUAUCUAGUUAUCUAAAAUUAACAAACACAUUUUUAGUAUAUGUUUAGCAAUUAAUAAAGAAGUUGUGUUUAAGACAAAUUAAAAUAAAGAAUAAAUUAUUGCACAACAAUAAAAUAUUAAUUUAUCUAAUCAA